AUGCACGGCGAAAGGGAAUUUCCCGAACUCGACGACGAAAACUUUUUGACCGCGCGGGCUGGUUAUCAGGACAUCAAAGCUUGUUUCAGUACCGACCCAUCGCUCCGCAGCAAUGGUGUCCUUGGUUUUAGUGGAGGUGGUGUGGUUUCAAAGUACCAACAACUCAACCGGUAUGGCGAGCAUCAACGAUACGUGGCUCUCAAAAUGGCCCAUGAUAAAGGCAAACCCAGCGAGGACCCCCUUGGGAGAGAACUUCAGAGGCAUCAUACGCUCAGGGGAGCAGAACACAUUGCGCAAACUGUGCCUUGGGCCCAGCUGGGGGUUGGAGGCCGCAUGAUGAUCGCCAUGGAGUUUCUGGUGAAUGGCAGCCUCAAGGGACUAAUAGAGGAAAUGAACGAAAGGGCCGAGAUGGAUUUGUUUGAUCCGCAUAUCACUAGGGAAAUCCCAAACAGGGUUCUGUGGCGAAUCUUCCUAUGCCUCACGAGAGCUUGCGUUGUGAUGGUGUAUCCUCCAGCCGACUUCCAAACCAUGCCCGAGUUCACCAAUAUGUCAAUUCGAGAGACCAUCAAAGAUAAAGCUGAGAGAAGGAUCACCGGAGACUUUGGUAUCACCACCGAGUUCACCGACGAGGCCAGAUACAACAAAGUCGCUACGAGACAAUCCGAAGAAAUAGGCAAGGAGCUCGCUCUAUCGAGCUCCACACUUGGUGGUUUGGGCGUCUCGGGCGCACUUGAUGCCGCCGUCCCAAACAUUCAGAGACCAUUGGAACAACUCGACGGUCCAGACUCUGUAGAUGUCUUCGGAUCUCACACCAACAUUUGGCAAAUAGGAAUGGUCAUGUUCAACCUUGUGGUACGAGCACACCCCCGCCCGACAAAAGAGGGAGCGAGAUGGGUCACCCUCGAGUCCAACGGCCAAAAGCUGGAAACCCACGCCCACUUUAUCAUCCGGGCCAACAAAAUCGCCGCUAGGAAACACGUCCGAUGCUUCGACCAGGCCUUACGAGAGCUGAUUGCCCGGUGCACGGCAGAAGCGAUCGCAAACCGCCCAGGCCUCAAGGAGUUGCUUGCGCUGGUGGGCGCCGGGAUCGUUGCAGCUGAUAGCAACGCCCAGCUCAGCGGAGACAGGGAGAGCGACGAGGAGAUAGGGAGAUGGCCCGAUGACGAGUACAAGCCCUUCUGGGACGACGACACCAACUGGGAGGAAGAGCAUUCGUCCCCAAUGACGUCGGUCUCGUCGGCCGUCUCGUCUCCAACAAGUGGAACGGGUAGCAGCAAUAGCAUGUUUGGAGGCUAUGAGAGUAGUAUAGACGAGAUGGUAUUCGCGUAA